AUGAAAUCCUAUGGCCCAGUAAAUCUCUCACUUGCUUUUGAAGUCAUAGACCACCACUUGCCCCACUUUAAUGAAAAAAUUAUGACAUCAGCAUCCAAAGGAAUUCUCCGUCCAUUUUUAAUUGUCUGCAUUAUCCUGGGUUGUUUCAUGGCAUGUCUGCUCAUUUACAUCAAGCCCACCAACAGCUGGAUCUUCAGUCCAAUGGAGUCAGCCAGCUCAGUGCUGAAAAUGAAAAACUUCUUCUCCACCAAAACUGAUUAUUUUAAUGAAACUACUAUCCUGAUUUGGGUGUGGCCAUUUGGGCAGACCUUUGACCUUACAUCUUGCCAAACAAUGUUCAACAUCCAAGGAUGCCAUCUUACCACAGACCGUUCCCUAUACAACAAAUCUCAUGCAGUUCUGAUCCAUCACCGAGACAUCAGUUGGGAUCUGACUAACUUGCCUCAGCAGGCUAGGCCACCCUUCCAGAAAUGGAUUUGGAUGAAUUUGGAAUCACCAACCCACACGCCCCAGAAGAGUGGCAUUGAGCACCUGUUCAACUUGACUCUGACUUACCGCCGUGACUCAGAUAUCCAAGUGCCUUAUGGCUUCUUGACGGUGAGCACAAACCCCUUCGUGUUUGAAGUGCCAAGCAAAGAGAAGUUAGUGUGCUGGGUUGUAAGUAACUGGAAUCCUGAGCAUGCGAGGGUCAAGUAUUACAAUGAGCUGAGCAAAAGCAUUGAAAUCCAUACAUACGGGCAAGCAUUUGGAGAGUAUGUGAAUGAUAAAAAUUUGAUUCCUACCAUAUCUACUUGCAAAUUUUAUCUGUCUUUUGAAAACUCAAUCCACAAAGAUUACAUCACAGAAAAGCUCUACAAUGCUUUUCUAGCCGGCUCUGUCCCUGUUGUUUUGGGGCCGUCUAGGGAAAAUUAUGAGAAUUAUAUUCCAGCAGAUUCAUUCAUUCAUGUGGAAGAUUAUAACUCUCCCAGUGAGCUCGCAAAAUAUCUGAAAGAAGUUGACAAAAACAAUAAGUUAUACCUUAGUUACUUUAACUGGAGGAAGGAUUUCACAGUAAACCUUCCACGAUUUUGGGAAUCACAUGCAUGCUUGGCUUGUGAUCAUGUGAAAAGGCAUCAAGAAUAUAAAUCUGUGGGUAAUUUAGAGAAAUGGUUUUGGAAUUAA